UAGUGGAAUCAUUACUAUGCAUAAAACAAUCAAUUAGUUCCAAAAUCACACACUUAUUUUUUUCAUGCGAUCCGAUACUCAUAUUAGAGUCCAAUUAAUCACUGAGCAAGACCAUUCGGGCCAGCGCUCCCUAUGGAGGAUUUUUCCAAAAUCACACACUUUAUUAUCUUUCACCUCUGCCCUACUUGUGUGUUCCUCACUUCACUCAUAUAUAUACUGGUUGGUGGGUGACAUGUAUUUAUAAAAAAAAAAAUUAAAAAAAAUAUACAAAGAAAGAUUUUUUUUAUUUUUUUUGUAGAUUUGAGUUUGGGUUUUUUUGUGGGUGGUGAUAAAGAUUGAAGAAUCAAGAAUCAAGAAAAUGGGGAAUGUUAAUGGAAGAGAAGAAAAUGAGGGGAAUAUGUCAUCUGGGGUUGAUGAUUCUGGUGGGGCCCAGGAUAACAUGGCUGUUCAUCAGGUUGAUGGAGAGUUUAUGGGACAAUCUCCACCGUCCAGUCCAAGGGCAUCUCGUUCACCUUUGAUGUUUAGACCUGAGAUGCCAGUGAUUCCUCUACAGAGACCCGAUGAAGGUCACGGCCCAAGCAUUUCAUGGUCGCAAACCACCUCAGGUGAAGAAACUUGUGACGAGCAAGGAGUUCCAACACUUAUAUCGUGGACCCUUGACGGAAAAGAAGUUGCUGUGGAGGGAUCAUGGGAUAAUUGGAAAUCAAGGAUGCCUCUGCAAAAAUCAGGGAAGGAUUUCACCAUUUUGAAGGUGCUUCCUUCAGGGGUCUACCAAUAUAGGUUUAUAGUUGACGGACAAUGGAGGUGUUCCCCUGACUUGCCAUGUGUUCAGGAUGAGGCAGGGAAUAUGUACAACCUUUUAGACAUGAAGGAUUACGUUCCAGAAGACAUCGAAAGCAUUUCUGGUUUCGAACCUCCUCAGUCCCCAGAUUCCAGCUACAACAACUUGCACCUUGGAUCUGAGGACUACGCAAAGGAGCCACCCGUGGUCCCGCCCCAUCUACAGAUGACUUUGCUUAACGUUCCGUCAUCUCACAUGGAAGUUCCACCUCCGCUAGCAAGACCUCAGCACGUGGUGCUUAACCAUCUCUACAUGCAGAAAGACAGGAGUACACCUUCCGUGGUAGCACUCGGUUCGACUAACCGGUUUCUCUCCAAAUACGUGACCGUGGUUCUAUACAAGUCGAUACAGAGAUAGAGAUUCAGGUCCGAUAAACGUGUCUUUAUGAUAGUCUUAAAUAACUUUAAUACUAGUAGCACAAUAUUAGAAGUCAAGCAUGUUGGUUCAUGGUUUUUGCAGUUUAAUGGCAAAAAAAGGGGCAAUAGAGGUGUAAUUUGAUCAAUGAUCUGUACCAUUUGCUUUGCCAUCUUUCUCAUUUUGGCCCUUUAUCUUUAUCAAUUCCAAUUCUUUUUUCUUUCUUGAUCUUA